CUGCUCUGUACCUUGGCAAGGAAUUUGAAUGCAGAAGGGUUAAAGUGGGGGGGAAAAAAACCUAAACCCAGAAACAUCGUUGACUGGAUAGACUUUUCAACAUGAAUCGUGCUUUUAGCAGGAAGAAAGACAAAGCAUGGAUGCACACUCCCGAAGCCUUAUCAAAGCAUUAUAUUCCCUAUAAUGCAAAGUUUCUUGGCAGUACAGAAGUGGAACAGCCCAAAGGCACAGAAGUUGUAAGAGAUGCUGUUAGAAAAUUAAAGUUUGCAAGACAUAUCAAGAAAUCUGAAGGCCUUAAGACACCCAAAGUUGAAUUACAAAUUUCAAUCUAUGGUGUAAAAAUUCUAGAUCCAAAAACAAAGGAAGUCCAGCACAACUGUCAACUCCAUAGGAUAUCAUUUUGUGCUGAUGAUAAAACUGACAAGAGAAUAUUUACUUUCAUAUGCAAAGAUUCAGAAUCCAAUAAGCAUCUGUGCUAUGUAUUUGACAGUGAAAAGUGUGCGGAAGAGAUAACUUUAACAAUUGGUCAAGCAUUUGACUUAGCUUACAGGAAAUUUCUGGAAUCUGGAGGAAAAGAUGUUGAAACAAGGAAGCAAAUUGCAGGUUUACAGAAAAGAAUUCAAGAAUUAGAAACUGAAAACACAGAACUGAAAAAUAAAGUUCAAGAUUUGGAAAACCAGUUAAGAAUAACACAAGUACAUGCCUCUCCACUGCUGCACAUAAAGUGUGAUAAUGAUGAACAUAUGUUUCAAAGACCCUCUACUUUUUUGUGGUGUAACAAUGAGGAUUCACCUCCUUGUUUAGAUAUCUCUUCCAUUACGCUUACUCCUAGGAGUUCUCCUGACUCCAGACUACCAUCUGGAUUGUUAAUACCACCACCUUCAAAAAGUGGUCUUCCAAAGCCAACCAGUGAAUACAGCUGCCCAAGACCUCGUGCAGGCAGUGUGACACCUAAAUCACCCUCCACUGACAUCUUUGAUAUGGUUCCCUUUUCUCCCAUAUCCCCUCAGUCAACAACACCUACUCGCAAUGGUACACAGCCUCCUCCAGUACCCAGUAGAUCUACAGAGAUCAAGAGAGACCUUUUUGGAGCAGAACCUUUUGACCCUUUUAGCUGCGGAGCAGGAGAUUUCCCUCCAGACAUUCAGUCCAAACUAGAUGAGAUGCAGCGUCAGCGAUGGAGGGGUUCAAAAUGGGAUUAA